UGGUGUACAAUGAAUAUCAAAACGUGUAAUGAAUUAUUUAGAUUAUAUUUAAAAACCUUCCAAACUUUAGUUUUAAUGUGUUAAUGUGUAAUAAUGAUUGGGUAUGAGAUAAUCACGUGACAUUUUCAUUACAAAAUUCCCACCUCAGAGAGCGAAAGAAUAUCCUGUGAUCGGAUGUGCAGACUUCUUAUAACAAGAACUAUGAACGGAUUUCAGAUACUUUUUGUUUUGCCAAUUUUGUUCGUGGCAUCUGUCAGUGGGUGUUGUUGGACACACGGUGGCUGUUUUUAUAAGUAUACCUGUUGUGGAACUCAAUCGACUGGUCCAAAUUUACUAGUUGCAGACUCGAACAGAAUAUAUUUGAUAAAUUUGAAUGACAGCUCAGUAACAAAGCUUGUAGUUGACACGCAGGGUGGCAUGUACAGACCUGAAUUAGAUUAUCAUCAUGAAAAAUCCUAUAUCUAUUGGGUAGAUUCUUAUUAUGGUACUAUACACAGAACUUGCUAUCCAUGCUACGAUAAUGAAAGGAAGAUUGAAGUUAUUAUUCCAAAAUCGCCAAAUUACCAUGCACAUAGCGUUGCUAUAGACUCCGACAAUGAUCACAUUUACUGGUCCGAUCGUGACUAUAAUGCAGUCUUCCGCUCAGAGCUUGAUGGGUCAAAUGAAUUGGUUAUAAUAAACAGCAGCGCUAAAAUAGGACAUAUUGCUUUAGAUGUUAAAAAUAACUUUAUUUAUUAUAUGGAUAAUGAAAUUGGAUCAAUCGACAGAUGUAAAUUAAAUGGAACAGAUAAAACAACAAUUAUUAGUGACUCUGUCAUGACUACAGAGUCCCGCAUAUUAUUAGAUUUUGAAGAAAGCAGAAUUUAUUGGACAGUACGACACAUAAUAAGGUCUGCCACAUUCGACGGAAGUGAUCUAAAGGAAGUACAAUCGUACGGGUACUCAGUGUAUCAGAGGUCAUAUUAUUACUUGUUUGGAAUCGCUGUGCAAGGCGACUACCUCUUCUAUACAGAGAAUAGUUAUAAUAGUAGAUAUGUGAAGAAGGUCGAAAAAACAGGGAUCAAUUAUAGAAAUGUGGCUUAUGUUCAUAGUACUAUAGUCGACGUAAAGAUGUAUCAUGGAAGCAUUUUAAAGGACCCGUGUGUUACGUGCACAAGAUUUGAGAAUGCAGCAAAACGUUCAACUGGAUUUUUUGCUGAUUGGACAUCAGAAGAACCAUUAAGUGACGACAUGUUAGUUGAAGGCUGGUAUAGAAUUUACAGUGAUAAUGGUGAUGAUAUGCCUACCACACAGCCUGGAACAAAGUAUUGUGGAACAAUGAAUCCUUUUUGGUUGAAUGGGACUUUGCCAAAUUUUGUGGACGGAAAUAAGACUAUAGAAGCCUGCAUGCAGACAAAUCAAAGUGUUUGUGAAGAGUCUGUUCAUAUUGUUAUAAGGAACUGUGAUGGGUAUAACGUAUAUUAUCUACGACCAACACCAACUAAUUCAUCUUAUUGUUUCGGAAGUGGACCGGUGCACUGUCCCGCUAGUAUGUCUUCAGAAACGGAAUAUUAUCCAGGUUGUAGUUGUAAGUUAUGCAUAUCUUUAUGA